GUCAUGUGUUCAAUCAUGUGGCAUGGAACCGUCCUCCUGGCGUUUGUCCAAGUUUUUAUACCAAAUGAAAGUGAAAUAAUUAAUCAGACAAAUGAAACAGGGCAAGAUGCACCACAUCACUGGAAAAAAUGAAGACAAAGUGAAUGUGUGAAUAACAGGACCAUUUCAUCAUCAUCAUCAUCAUCAGCAUCAUCCCAAUGACACACAACUAAACAUUAAAAGGUGAAUUAUGGGUGUGGGCAGUGAACCAGGAUGAGCAAAAUGAAAAAUAUCAAAUGCAUUUCGCCGUUUGGGCCCCUUCGGCCGACCAGAUUGGGACUGCAAAGGCGGACCUGUAGGGGUCACGGCGGGACGCCGCAAUCCAUCGGGACUGGAAAGUUCCGCAAGCUUCCGUCUCAGACUUGCUCAUUUCCACAGAGCGCAGUGAGUUUAUGGAAGUCGCAUUUAGCACGGUGACGAGGACGGGUCGGACGGUGACCACGUGAUUCCGUUCGCUGCGCUCCAAGAUCUGGAAACAUCAGCUGACAGUACCGACGUUACCCCGUUAAUAACCUCAACGCCCGAGGUUGUGUAUACUCAAAGUGUUAAUCAGGACGAGUACACACAGGCUCAGAGACACACCGCAGAUAAGACAGCGUCAAGGUGGGACGGAAGGACGGAGCGAGAACUGUCCCAGACUCAGCGGAGCCAGGAGGUAACGGACUCAAUCUGAGUGGAAAGAGACGUCUUAAUUACCACACUUGUUAAAACUGGAGGUGUGGCUGCGGCUCAGAAGAGUCUCCAGCUUUGAUCCCCUCCUGAGUAAAUUGUGAAUGAGGAGGAGGGGCUCCCUUCAUAAAUACCACAGCCCAGAAGCAGAGGUGAAGGAAGUUGUUCUUAGAGAGCCAUUUUCACCUGGAGCCAGAGAAGAACACACUUGUGGAAUCUGCAUGCUGAGGACUUGACUGUGGAAACGCUAGUGUUCUUGUCAGAGGAAGGAAAAUCAACCUAAAAAAAAAAAAAAAAAAAAAAACAACGAAACGUAGUGGUGGAACCAGAAGCUCUGGAGAACAUCAGCAGUAGUUUCCUUGACUCGUGAGUUUGAUCUGCGAAGAUCAUGAGGAGCCGUUUUUCCGUAGAGUGGCUGUCUCAGAGCAGCGAGAACAAUGGUUCUGCACCAGCGGGGCCUUGGCCUUCUACCAACCAGACGGAUCUCUGUGCCUCUAGCACUCUGCCAGAGAGUCUGCCUGGGUUUUACUGUAGUAAACGAGAGGCAGGCACCAAGCCCGAGGAGAGACCACAUGGCAGUGCGGUCCCCCAGUGCCCGGAAGCCACCUCGCACAGCUUGGCCCAAGUCUACGGCAGCCCUCAAGAGACCAGCUUUAGAGGCAGCCUGGAGGAGGUGGGGGAGCAGACGGGGGGCUCUGAGAGCAAAGGCGGAAGCCCCCUCUCACCAGCGGCUCUGCAGGACUCCUCCAUCGCCUCCACCGGCACGGGGCGGCGGCCGCGCACAGCCUUCACCACGGAGCAGAUCAACCAGCUGGAGAAGGCCUUCAAGAGAAACGUGUACCUGGGCACUCAUGACAAGGCUGAGCUGUGCAAGAAGCUCAACCUCUCCGAUAAACAGAUCAGGAACUGGUUCCAGAACAGACGCAUGAAGCUUAAAAGGACGUACCAGGACACCCUGACUCAUUCCGGCCGAGCCAAGCUGACCCCUCAGCUCGUGCACUUUCCCGACCUGCAGCCUUUCAGACCUUCUCCUUACCCCACCUACUAUCCGGUGCAGAAGACCCAGAUCCUUUACCAGCCUCCCAGUGGCCUACACUACAGCACAUCUCCAGCAGUAGAUGCCAUGAGCGCUUUACCUGUGGAUCCGCUCUGUCACUUUGGCUGCAUUCCCAACCUAGCGGUGACACCUGGAGAUGCCCCACUCGUGUCUCCGUAUCACCCGUACUAUCGCUGCUACUAAAGCCGAAAGAGGGUACGGCGGUGACGGCGGUCGUGGUUUCCAUCGCAAACUUAUGAAUCGUGGCACCUCAGUUCAGGACCUCUUGGGUUCUUUCCUGUUGGAGUAGUUCGAGCUGGGCCAUUUUCAUGCCAUUAUCUUAUAAAUAAGAGGAAACAUAAAGAUGAAGAAAUAACUAUAUUCAUA